GGGGCACUGGGUGACUGGGUGCGAAAGAUAAUGCGGUGAAUGCACACCUGGGGCUACAGGUGCUUCGCUGAUCAUCACCAUCCUCCGAUAUUGAACCUGCACCUACACUACACCACGGCUCCGCCCUGCUGCUGCAUUCCACCGGCCGUGGUCUUUCAUCGGUUGAUGAAAGGGAACAUCUUGCAUCUCACCGCAAGCAAGUGAAUCCAUAUCGGGGAUCUCCUUUUCGAGGGUCGCAGCUGAGGGCGUGACUGAAUGACGUCUCUCCUGACACCCCCGUCACAUCUGCUUCUGCUCCCCCCCCUCGGUCUUCACCCUCGCCGCCGGUAAAAGAGUGAGGUGCCAGUCUCUUGGCUCUCUCCGGCACCGCGAAAAGCGAAAGAUUUUGGAGAAUUCCCAUGUUUUUGAGAAUCGCCAAAUUUCCCAACCCCAAUCAUAGCGCCGUUAAAACCCCUUGCUACCCCGUUUUCGAACACACUCAAUCAGGCCUACGCUACGCAAGACCCUUUUUCCUUGUCGCUUGCUCCGCAAUCGCCCCCUGCAGUUGUGGUGUCUUUCCCACUGUCAGUCGAGGCUCCUAGUUAAAGCAACAUUUUUUUUUUUACUGAAUACAUCUGCACACACCGACGACGUGAGAGGUGGAAAGUGCGCGGGAUCCCUCUUUUUUUUGCUAUUGCCUUUAUACUCCCCACUCCUCCUUCUGGAACAAGCGGCCCAAGCAGUUGGACAAGCCAUCAGAACAUUACGUCGUGAGGAGACGGACGGCCCGCCGACUCGACCGCGUCCGGCCAACCUAUGAUACCGAAAGGACUGCGAACGAAAAGUGGGAACGAAACAAAAGAGAAAAAAACGAAAGGCGCCGGUCCGGACAACAGGGAAAUCCGCUGCAUUUCGCCCUUUUACGAUUGCCCCCCUCCCCAGCACCAAGGUUCCCCCAGUGGAGAAGGCCCGAGAGAGAGAAAGAAGACUGGAUCUUGGGAGCGUGUGUGCUCUUUCGGGGCGAGGUUGGACACUCGAACUCUCUCUUUUUUGGAUCCCUUGGAAUCUGGAUCAAUCUAUUCUACCUACCUUAUCCGUUAUUCCCAGUUUUGCGCAAUUGCUUGCUUGCUGGGCUUUUGCUUUUGGCAUAGGGGGUGGGCAUCUGUGUUUUAUUCCCUUAUACUGAUGCUACCAACUUACUUGCUAGCUACCUACAUACCUAAAGGUUCCAGGCCUUAUCGCAGCACACACCACACCCCCCCGUUGUUAUCGUGGGUGCCUGUGUGUGUGCGUGUGCGUGUGUGUGUUGUGUGUUAGGCGUGUGUAGCUGUGUGUGUUCGAGACCACUCUACGGAAUCGCGUCUCCUACCCAAUCCUCGAAAUCUCGGAAGGACGCUGUUACCUACAUCGCGAUCAUGCCGCCACCAGAUAGUGACUCGGGCGCUCCCGCCGCCGCCCAGCCUGGGAAUAACUCCAGCGACUUUGUGCGCAAACUCUAUAAGUAUGUAACCAAUGAACCUCUUCAAACCCGAGAUCCAGGACGAAAGCUUACGAUGACGUCGCAGAAUGCUCGAGGAUCCCUCUUACAACUCGGUAGUACGAUGGAGUCCCGAAGGCGACAGUUUUGUGGUGUUGGAGAAAUUCACGAAAACAAUCCUCCCCAAACAUUUCAAACACAGCAACUUUGCGAGUUUCGUGCGCCAACUAAACAAGUACGACUUCCACAAAGUUAGGCACAACGAAGAGAGUGGCGAGGCGCCAUAUGGCCGGGAUGCCUGGGAAUUCAAGCAUCCCGAGUUUCGGGCAGACAGAAAAGACCAACUGGACAACAUCCGGAGGAAAGCGCCGGCGCCCCGAAAACCACCUCCAACAGAAGAUGCGUUCCCAGCAUCGCAGCAGAUCGUGGUCCUUAGCGAAUCCCUGAAUGCCACCAAUGUUCAGAUACAAACCUUGCAAGAGCAGUACCUUGAACUCGAUCGCACGAACCGGCUGCUCGUCGCCGAGGUUCUGAGUUUGCAAAAGAUGCUCCGCGCCCAAAGCCAGGUGUCCAACGAGCUGAUAUCACACCUCAACAACAUGGAGGACAGACGGCGCAACAGCCGCCAUUCAGCCCAGUCUUCUCACUCGAGCCACUCCGGCACCAACUAUCACCAGGGAACCUUGGGACUGUUGCCAGACGGGACCGACGAGCCAGCUCCGGAACUGCGACGUGCGCGCGAGAUCCUUAACGGGGUAUCUCCCGACUCCCAGGCCGACCGCGAACUCGAAAGGUUGUCCAUGGCCUACCACCAAAACGGCUCCCCGGCCGAGAGCGCAGGUUCCUCCGUCAUGUUCACCCACGCCGGUCCCCAGACCUCGAUGAACGUUGUGCACGAUCCCUUCAGCGAUCCGAGACAUCUUGUGUAUCCUGUGGGCCAAACACAGGGUAUCGAUCCAUUCCACGCCGACCACAUCCACAAUAUCCCAUACAGCCGACCACUCAGUAACCCUAAUGUGAUGACCGAGGCGCCAUCGCAAAUCUCACCUCCACCGGGCAAGGAGCAAAACGGCUCACUGUGGAGAGGAAAGAAGCCGCAGAUUUUGUUGGUAGAGGACGACAAGACGUGCGCAAGGAUCGGGUCCAAGUUCCUGACGAAUAUGGAUUGUAGUGUCGAGACUGCUCGUGACGGCCUCGAGGCUGUCGAAAAGAUUAACACGGAUGCUGACCGGUUCGACCUCGUCUUUAUGGACAUCAUCAUGCCCAACCUUGACGGCGUUUCCGCCACGGCCAUGAUCCGGAUGGUGACGCCGCAAAUCCCCAUCAUCGCCAUGACAUCCAACAUUCGACAAGAAGAUAUCCAGACCUAUUUCCAGUUCGGAAUGAACGACGUCCUAGCCAAGCCCUUCACAAGAGAUGGCAUGGUCCGCAUCCUCAAAAAGCACCUCACCCGCAUGCUCAAAGACCCCCAAUCGGCCGGCGUGCUCAACGAUCCUAACGACCCCACCUCGGCCGGCAAUGGCGGAGGAGGGCAGCAAACCGCCGGCGGCCCGGGUCCCCCGACAGGCGGCUACGCCAACGCCAACAUGGCAGCCUCGAUGCAAGCUGCCAUCAACCAGGCUGCCCAGGUCCAGGUCAAGUACGAGCAGACGCCCAUACCGUCUCCUUCGACGACCGCGUCGUGGCACUCCCCCGGCACGACCAUGCAGCAGGUUCAACAGCAGCAGGUCCAGCAGCAGCAGCAGCAGCAUGCUAGCCCCCGGCUGGAUCAAGGCGGGUAUAUGAACGCUGUUGGGAGCGGGCAAGGGGUGGGUGGGAUGGUGCUGACCCCGGGGGGUUCGCAGAGGGGGCCGGGACAGCAGCAGCAGCAACAGUAUGCGGGGUACAUGCAGGCUGGGCCAGGGCCGGUGACGAGACUGCCCGAGAUGGGAGGGAUGGGAGGAGGUGCGGGGGAUGAUCGGCCGGAGAAGAGGCAGAGGUUGUAUGGCCCUGGUCAAGGGGGGUAUGUUGGGUAAAAGAUAAGGUGGUUCGGGAGGUUCGUCUAUCGGCGUUUGAUGCUGUCGUGAUGUGUCUUUUCGGUCCGUCGUGGCCUGCAUGUGAGUGUGUACUGUGAGGGUUAUCUAGAGAAUGGUUUUGGGGGAGGAUGGGGGGUGGGGCAGCUAAAUGUUUUCUUUUCUGUAUACAAGGCAACGGAUUAUUUUUUGGGUAUAUGGGUGGUCAACCACGGGGUCAAUGUGUAGUUUGGUUUGUUGAGGGUGUUAUAUAAGUCUCUCUUGAAACUAUUCAAGCUCAUAGGGUUUGGGCUAGGGGAGGAAACGAAAAUAUAAUUCAAAAAAGAGAGAAAGGUUUCGGAUGAGAGGAAACUGAGAAAUGAGCUGCUUGUUUGGAAAGCGAGAAAUGGUUUGUGUGUGUGUGAUUUGAAAAGUGUGAGAAUGAGGAAUACCUGUGUAUAUCAGCGCAAACAAGAAAUGGCAAACAAUCAAAGCAAAGAGGGGGGACGCUAAGAUAAAACAUGGUGGUAGUGUAGUAGUUAAAGGUAACGGGGGGGCGGAGUCUAGAACACAAUAAUAUAAGUCGAUCCUUCCUUACUUUACCUACUCCUACUGCCGGAAAGUUCCCCAACGGCGGGCGGAAGAGACGGAACAACAAAACAGGCCAUUACGAUGGAAUGGUCUGGACCAUCUCCCACUCGGAGGCCCCAUGAUUGCCGGCACACACAUACUACACACUGAGUGAGGUGAGUUGGUUGGUUUGUUGCUUUCUUUCUCUCCCGGUUGUUGGUAGUCGGCGGUAAUUUUUCCCAUCGAUAGUUUGAAAGCGGCUGGCUGGCUGAGACAGCCGCUAGGGAAGGGCCGACGGGCCUGAUGAUGCCAGAGAAACAAAAACUUUCCGCUGAUGAAAAAGGAUGGGAAUGUGAGGAAGCGGAGAAUGGGGAAUCUUUUGUUGCUGGCUGGGCGGUGAGGAGAAGGAGGAGGAGGAGGGAGGGUGUUUGCUUUCCCACGCGGGUGCGAGACAUUGCUUGCAUGAGAAGGGGGAGGUAGUGGUGGUGGUCUCCUCGCGUGC